AGACCAUGAACCGUGGAGCGCGGGUCUGACGCGGAUUACCUGGAUACUACUUGUAAGCGUGGGUGGGCAUCCAUAAGCGAGAAACUGAAGGCAGCGCUGCUUUGCUUAUUUUUCUGGAAAAAAAGAGUUUAUCCACGUUUGUUUCUUAAUGGAAUCACUACAAAGAACCCCAACCAUGGCGAGUGGACUUUUUCACACUCUGCAUCUGUUACUGAUUCUUGAGUCGAGCUGGGGGAAAGUGUUUGAGGAUCUCGGAGAAGCUGUGCGUCAAGGUGCGGAAUCCCCCCUUUCCGUGGAGCAGCGCGUCUUUACGCACGAAAACGCACACCGGGACAUGGUCUCCAUCAACAUGUUCAAAGUGUACGAGAAGUACACGAAAGAGCCGCAGAGCCAGAGGGACGGGAACACCGUGAGAAGUUUUAAAGCAGUCCCAAAAGUCUCUCACGGCAAAGGUGUGUUCCAGUUCAACCUGUCCUCCAUCCUAGAAUCGGAGCUCAUCCUAUCCUCCUCCUUCCAUUACCUCUACAAGCGACCACGCCAUCACCAGCGACCAUGGCGUUUCAGAAGACCUCGCCACCCGUCCAGCGGCCUCCAGCAUCCCUCCUCCCCGACGCUCCUCUUCCAUGGGUCAUCCCUCAACUCUGCUUUUGCAACACCACUGGGAAACAUAACUUUGGCUCCUUUCAAAAAGGGCUCCUGGCAAAGCAGGGAUAUAACAGCGCUGGUGAAACAUGCCAGGGAAAACAAAGAGCUUGUGGUCACAGUGGAGUUUGAUUUGGGGCUUGGUGCGGCUCGGGUGCAGCAGAAAGAGCGCCUCUCUGAAGCCAACCUGCCGUACAUUUUGAUAUACGCCGAUGAUCGAGCCAUAGAUGAGCCGAACAGCGUGGCCAUGUCCCUGCAGCGGUAUGGCUCUUUACCUGUAGGGGAAGACGCACCCACCUCAGCCUCAGCCUCAGCUUCAGCCUCAGCCUCAAGGAUACGUAGGGAGCUUCACCUCCAGAUCCAAACCAAUGACAUCCCAGAAGUGCAGUUCAACUCCCUGAAGAACCACGAGCUGUGGCAGAACACAUAUUUCCCUGCCAAAGCCAAAGCAGCAGAUAAAUCAGUCAGGAGGCCGGGUCAGGACAGCGGCGAGGGCCUGAGUAAGCCCCAGGUGCUGAGCUUCGAUGAGAGGACGAUGAAAAAGGCCCGGAGGAGACAGUGGAGCGAGCCCAGGGUGUGCGCCAGGAGGUACCUCAGGGUGGACUUCGCUGACAUCGGCUGGAGCGAGUGGGUUUUGGCACCAAAGUCAUUUGAUGCCUUUUACUGCGCGGGGACCUGUGGAUUCCCCAUUCCUAAGGUGGUUCGUCCUUCCAAUCACGCCACUAUCCAGAGCAUCGUCAGAGCCGUGGGAAUCGUCCCCGGUGUCCCUGAACCUUGCUGCGUCCCGGAGAAGAUGAGCCCGCUCAGCGUUCUCUUCCUCGAUCCGCACAGGAACAAGGUGCUCAAGGUUUACCCCGGCAUGUCUGUGGACACCUGUUCGUGUCGAUAAGGAUGGAGAUGGGGGAACAUUUCAUCAAAGGAGAUUAAAGAUAAUGAGGAGGACGUGUACAUUUAUACUCAACACAUGUGGACAGCAUUUCCAAAAGGACAGACGUGAUAGGAGGAUGAACUAAUCUGAUGGAAUGGACUCUGUUUGAGUCUCGGUUUGAGAACUCUUUGCUGAAUCUUGGAAUAUCUUUUGCAUGUUCGGACAUUGACUCAGUUUUUUCUUACUUAUUCUUAUAGAUGUAUUCUUGUCCAAAUGGUGCUUCUUUGUGUAUUUUCCUUCCCUAAAAGCAUUUAUAAGAAGUGCACGUAAUACUAUCCUGUGUAUGUAAUGGUUGUAAAUGUGUGCUGUAUAGAUUAACUGAACAUUAAGGACAAAAGUCUUCAGCUUUGUAGAUUACUCAAGAACAUUUCUUCGAUCCUUUUUGCAGCACUUUUAUACAGCGUUUUUACUCUUUUUUAAUGUGUCAGACGUUUAUAUUUGAUUUUCUGGUCUCUCUUUUUUUUUUGAUAAGCUCAACUUCUGGGUUGGACAGUUUCUGAAACAGUGUGACCUCAGGAACCUCUUGUCUUUUCCCAUGCCUCGAGGAUUAACCUACAGACUGGUGAACUUUACGUGGACUCACAGACUCUGGAGGAACACAGAGGAUCUAUGACAGCACAUUUACAUCCUAAACCCUUGUCAUGUAAACACUGUAGCUACUAAUGCAAACUAAACACUACUUAUUCAUAAGUGAUGUUUUAAUAGGUGUCAUAAUAUGAGCACCCCCUUAUUUUAGCGGGGUGUUGGUAAUGCAUGAGAGGUUUUAUCUCCUUUGAAUUACAUUUCAGUUACCACUUGUUUAUAUCUUGUACAUAAUGAGUGUAUCGUCUGAGAUUUCAUGUAGCACAGCAUGGCUUGUUUUUACUUCAGCAGGAAAACAGUGCUUUGCUGCCCCCUGCUGUGCAUUAUUGGGAAAGUUGAAAGGGACAUUUUGAAGGAGACCAGUUCUAAUACUCCCUGUAUAAACUGUUCUGUUAUCAAGGUGGACAUGUACAGUUUGUAAUAAUAAUAAUAGAUUGACAUAUCUAUUAUAUAUAUAUACAUACAAUCGUAUUAUUGAAUGCUUCAAAGUGGACUUGAAAAGGUCAGUGAUGUGUAUUUUAACAGAUUAUAGAAUAAGCCUGGUAAGGAAAUAAAACAAAUUGUACAUA